AUGGAAUGGGGACUAUGGUUGCUAGUGAUGUAUACGAAGGAACACGAGAUGCCAAAGUGGAUGAUCUUGCAGGAAUCAGACAUAUCAUCAAACCUUUGGAGGAAGCUGGGAUCUUGGUCCGCAGAACCGAUGAGGAGCUACUCCAAGCUUUGGAGUCCUUCGUGGUUGUAGAAAGAGAAGGCCAGAUCAUCGCUUGUGCAGCUCUGUUCCCAUUCUUCCAAGACAAAUGCGGAGAAGUUGCAGCCAUCGCAGUUGCAUCAGACUGCCGCGGUCAAGGCCAAGGCGAUAAACUGCUAGAUUACAUAGAGAAGAAAGCUUCCUCUCUCGGGCUGCACACGCUGUUCCUACUCACAACGCGUACAGCAGACUGGUUCGUGAGACGAGGGUUCCAAGAAUGUUCAAUAGAGGUGAUACCAGAGACUAGAAGGCAAAGAAUCAACCUCUCAAGAAAAUCAAAGUACUACAUGAAGAAGCUACUCCCUGAUAAGAGUGGCAUCUCAAUAUAACAACAACAACAACAACAGCGUUCAUUAUUAUUGUUUAAAAACCAAAAAAAAAAACAUUUUGCAAUCAAUCAAACUUUUUUAAUUUCUAUUCCAAA